UUAUGUCGGGCUGUAGUCGCUGAGAAACUCUCGUCGGAUGCGGACGCGAUUUUUCAUCACACGCUUGCGCGGUUCUUUGCGGUGUGAGUUAUAUUUUCACGAGGGAGUGUAGUGCGUGCUAUUACCCGGCGAAACACUCGGAAAACAAAGUGAAUAUAUAUUUUUGUUUUUAUUUCGUUGCGGCAAAUCAGCUGCUACUGCUGUUAGUGUUCCCUUUGUACGACGCCUCCAGCGCCGGAGUGAAUCAUCCAGUUUAAUAAUCGACACGUUCUGCAGGUUGCAGAAACGCUAUUACAUAGGAUACUUUCUCUGUACGGAAAAGAUUGUACACAGUGAGAAGAAGCUACUUAACGCCCAGAAAGCGCAAAUAAACCCAACAAUUGAGCAACCCGAAAGGCAGACGUACAAUGUACGUUCCCAAAUCAAGCACUUACAGCGAAAUAUGAGCGUCAUAAAACCACCGUCCAAACUAGCAAACUAGCGCCGUUCGUGAAAGUGAAACAGUUGUCCGACAAUGCCAAUGAUUCUAGCCGGUAGGAAAACAGAGUAAAUAACCCAAAUUACCAUAUAAACAACUCUCAAGUACAACCACGCGACCUCCGUCAAUCUUCUCCACGAUUCGUCCGAUGUACGCGAACAAGUCGCGAUUGUUUAAUUGAAACCUCCGAACUAGUGUAACGUCAACCUUUCACGCGCGAAAUGCCGCCCACGGAAGCUUCUGUACCGCUGACCGAGAAUGGCCGUUACAAAAUGCCCAACCUUGCUAGCGCUAACGGUGCCACUGCUAACGGAACUACCAACCAGAACGGACGGCACCGGAAACCCUCAGCAGUGGAAGGAGAAAUCGAGAAACCGUCCAGUGCAUAUCAGCAGCUUAACUGCCUCGGCAAGCUGUCCUACCAUGUUUCGAUUGCGAUCGGAGAGUUCUUCUACAGACUUGGUCAUCACAUUGCGAAUAACCCCUGGCGAACCAUCGCCCUCAGCUGGUUCGUUGUCGCCCUCUGCAGCGUGGGGUUUAUCCGGUUUCACAAGGAGAAAAGCCCAAUGAAGCUAUGGGUUCCACAGAACUCGAAGUUCCUCCACGAUACCAAUUGGUUGAUCGAACAUUUCAAGGAGGGAAACAGGAUCGAAGCAGUAAUACUGACUGCACCAGACGUGUUGACACCGGAAGUGUUGCUCAAGAUGGCGACUAUAACUGACGAGAUCUCAGCGAUGAAAAUUGUCAACAGCAAGGGAGAAACCGUUUCUUGGGAGGAUGUUUGUUUCAAGGUUCCACUAAUUGCCGAAUACACCUCCAAUGAAAGGUCCAGACGAGACGAUGCAUAUUCAUUGACCACCACAAAACGCCCCAAGAAGUCUAAGCCUUUCUUCAAUCCUAGCGUAGACCUUCCUGCGUUCAUGUACUGUCCGAUCAUAGAGAAACUUCCUGUCGGCUGUAUGGAUCUCAGUAUUUUGGAGUUGUGGAAAUACGAUCGUGAGGUGAUUGCCAGUCUCACCAAGGAGCAGAUCGUUGACAAGCUUAACAAAACUAGGAUCAGUCCCGUUACUGGGCACACCAUGGAUUACUCCGAAAUGCUAGGAGGCGUGCAGCGCGACUGGAGUGGUCGCAUUGUGGCCGCAACCUCUGUUAUCUCCAACUGGAUGAUACACGUCAACUAUUCGGAGGUAGAUGCUGAUGUAAGCGGGAAUGCGGCCGGUACGGAAGACUGGGUAACCGAGGAUUCUAUGCUUUGGGAGGGUAAGUUUUUGGAGCGACUUCACCAGAUCAAGGUCAAUUACUCCGAUGGAGAAACCGAGAUGUAUUAUGCAGCAGGCCGCAGCUAUGGUGAUAUCAGUGCCGCAUCAAUGUUUGAGGACAUUGAUAAGUUGAUUUUCGGAGGAUUCAUCAUGUUCGUCUACAUGCAGCUGGUGCUGUCAAAGUUCAGCUGGACUGAAUUCAGGAUAAUCCUCGGUUCCAUUGGACUACUGAGCGUUGGAAUGGGGUUCGUGGCAGGUUGCGGAAUCGUUGCUCUCAUCGGAGUUUCAUACGGCCCAGUGCACACAAGCUUACCUUUCCUGCUGAUGGGAAUAGGUGUGGAUGACAUUUUCGUGAUGAUGGCCUGUUACCGUAAGAUCCACGAAACUCAUUCUAAUCUACCCCUCGCCGAGCGGAUGGGUUUGAUGCUGAAACAUGCCGGCGCAUCGAUUACAGUGACAUCCCUUACCGACCUCGUUGCGUUUAUCGUCGGUGCAAUAACCGUGCUGCCCUCGUUGCAAUCCUUCUGCAUUUACGCAGCGUUUGGAGUGCUUAUGAUGUUCUUCUUCGUGAUAACGUUCUACGUUGCGGUAUUCACCUUGGACGAACGACGAAUAGCCGCGCGGAGAAAUUCGUUUGUACCGUGGAUAAAACACGAUGAAAAGACCACCAGACGAUGGUGUGAAUACAAUCUUAUGCAUCGAUUUAUCAAUGUUAUCUACUCGAAAGUUAUUCUGACUAAAAUCGGAAAGACUAUAAUAGUGCUUACCGUGAUCAUCAUGACCGGUUUGAACGUCCAGAAUUUGCUUCGUCUGCGCCAGAAGUUCGACCCUAACUGGUUCAUUCCCGAGGAAACCUACUAUAGCAAAUUCAUAACCAAAACCAAGGAACAAUUUCCAAACACAGGCUAUGAGGCGAUGCUUCUAUUCGGCAGCUACAACUACACGACUGAAUUAAGGGACCUGCUUCAUCUGACGCAUGAGCUACAAAAUCGAACAGAUAUAUUGCACAGUGUCAGUUCUUGGGUGUCACCAUUCCAAGACUUUGUACAUACCUAUUAUGAUAAAGAUAUUGGGGAAGAAGUGCUCAGCGACGCGGAUUUCCGCAAAUAUCUCUCCAAAUUCCUCUUCAGCCAUGACGGUGGACGCUUUCAGAUGAACUUCAAAUUUUCCUCAAAGCUUCAAUGCGGGAAACCGGCACCAAACAUCACGGUCACCACUAUCGACUUCAAAUUUCGGCCAUUCAAAGAACGAGAGGAGUAUAUUCCGGCCAAACAUGCCAUAGAAGACAUGCUUGUUCGCAGCCAUCUAGCGAGCGGAGAACGAUUCAAUACACUGUGGGCUAAGAUCUUCGGAAACUGGGUCACUGACGAGAUUAUAGAUACCGAAAUCUAUCGAAAUUUGGCUCUUGCCAUGAUCGGUGUGAUGAUCUGUUCGGCUGUGCUGAUCGUUAAUCCACAAAUUUGCUUUUGGAUCUUUGUGUGUGUCGUCCUAACACUAGUAAACGUUGGUGGAUUCAUGCAACAGUGGGGCCUUACAUUGGACUUGGUAUCUUGCAUUGCUCUGCAGCUAGCGGUUGGACUCUGCGUUGAUUAUGCGGCACACAUCGGGCACACCUUCUUAACGAUCAGUCACGGGAACAGAAACCGACGCGCACUCGAAACUGUCCUUCACAUAGGAGCCGCAGUCAUGUAUGGCGGUGGUUCAACAAUUCUUGCGCUUAGCGUAUUAUCGGGAUCCCGAGCCUACACCUAUCGAACCUUUUUUAAAAUCUUCCUUCUAGUUAUUUUAUUAGGGCUUUUCCACGGACUCGUCCUACUACCAGUGAUUUUAAGCAUGAUUGGGCCGCCACCUUACAGUGGAUUCGUAGAUGGGUUGGUCAAGCUACCCAACGAUUAUGAAAAGGAAAUGUUACCUUUCACUGACGAACACAAUCGAAAGAAUGGAAAUUUGGCCCAGAACGAAGAGGAGAAGCAGCCUAUGAGAGUAGAUAAUUGUGUGCCUUAGCUUUUUUAGAAUCCAAACUUGUAUGCUUUCGAGCGUUCCAUGACUUAAGAAUUCACAUACACCAAGUGCCGGCCACAAACGCGCAAACUUACAGGUUUUUUGAUACGCACGAUAGGUUUUAAGCUUUGCUCUGGCAUUCUAGAAUACAUGAACCCAUUGUGAUCCUUGUAGUGAUAAAAUUGAAGUAUUUUGAAAAGGAAUCUUAACGUUUAAGUGCGUCGGUGAGAAUGUAAAUACUACAGAACAAUUAAAAUUUGGUGUUUCUCUGAUCCGAAAGAUUAA